AGGGUGUUUAAACCAAUUUUCUGCAACAUCGACACCUUCGUGCGAAAAGUUCUUAAUCCCUUUCUGUGUUCGUGAGCUCACAGUCACGGUCCCUCUCUCCGUCUCCGACAAACUAGGGUUUUCCUUCCGUUCAGACAGCUGGUCGCUGGUGUCGCACAGACUUUUCUGCACAAUCGGUGCUGCUUGUGCUUAUUCUCUCUCUUUUCUGUCCCUAAAAAUUUGUGCUGUGGCUGCUCGUUGACUUUGUAGGAAUAUGGGAUAUAACUGAGUUUGUGCUUGUUACCUGUUACAAAGAGUAAAAGCAUAUGUGAAACUUUUGAGUAACAUUCAGAGGCCAUUCACUCAGUGAAGUGUGGGUUUUGAUUUCCAAAACUUUGUGUUCCAUGAUGUAGUUUGUAGCUCGGAAAUGUGUUACGUUAAGUCAUUUGAGCGGAAUGGUUGCUGGUUAAUGUUUUAAGAAUUGAAGGGAAGCAGAAACGGUCAAAGGGAGCAGAUAGCUAAAUGGGAUCCCUUUGUUGUGUGGCUGCAAGGCCACAUGGAUCAAAUGCUGCUAGCAGGGAUUGGUCUAUGGGUCCUCACGAGCCUUUCUGGCAUACAAAUACGAGCUUCUCACCACCUCCUUCACGAUGGGAUAUCCGAUUCCAGUCUGAAGGGUUGUCACAUGGUUGGCAUGAUGGCGCGCAACUGUAUGGGUCAUCUACAUCAUCAAAUAGUAAAGAAAGUCGCAGCUGGAUAAGGGGAAACCAUCUUUAUACUCACAACUCUGCAUCUGAUGGUGCUGGGUUGUUUUUGAGUAGUCCAUCUGACAUCUCACAAGGCCCUCAAUGGACGCCUCCAGCAAUUCAGGAAAUCAAUGUUGAUGGUUAUGAAACUUCAACCAAAAGGGAUCCUUCAUUGGUGACACUUUCCUUUAGGCCUGCGGCAGAGGGUACCUCUGAAAAUCUGGAUAGUGGGAGCUCUACUUUCUCGCAUUCAGACAGUAGCGAAACAGAACCGACUGUCAAGUUACGCUCAUCCUCUAAUUGGAACUUUGCGAGUCGUCGUUCUUUCAUGUCCAAACCUAUUCAUCCUCUUGCCCUUCCUAUGCAAACUUCCUCGGGAGAAGCUUUUGAAUCCACCAAUUUAGGGUUCACUGAGUUUGAUUCUCCUACUCCCCAAAGAGACACCCAAGGAUGGAGCAGUGCAAGUAGCAGCAUUGAUUUUGCCGAUGUGUCCGAGCCACUUGAAUCAGAGAUCUACUUUAGAUCAUCAUGUAGAUCUGAUGGUUUCCGUUGUGGCUUAUGCGAAAGAUUUCUUUCACAGAGAUCGCCAUGGAGUUCUCGUCGCAUCGUGAGAAGUACUGAUAUGCCAGUUGCUGGAGUUCUUUCUUGUCGACAUGUUUUUCAUGCCGAAUGCUUGGAGCAGACUACUCCAAAGACACGUAAGAGUGACCCACCAUGCCCGCUUUGCUUGAAACAUGAGGAUGAUCAUUCACCCGAGCAAAAAGCAAAUUCAAGAUUGAGGAAUGUGAAUACGUUACCUAGUAGGCCUAGACCCUCAACCAGCGAGGAGGGGAUGCCGAGACUAUGGGGUUGUGCUCAGGUAGGAGAUUGUGUCGAAGGGGCCUUGCACGCACCUCCACGAAAUUCGAUGCUUCUAGUUAACCGAAAUCGUAUAAAGAACCUUUCUUUCAAGGGAAAUUCCAGCAAAGAGUUUCCAGGAAAGUUGAAAAGUGGCUCUUUACGAUUGGUGAGUGCAAGACCAUUUGAUCAAGAAUUUGUUGGCUGUUCAAGAACUUCAGCUGGACCCAGUAUGAAACUGUGAUUGAAAUAUGUAGAUAAUUCAGAUAGAAAAGAAAGAAAAAGGAAUUUCAAAGAACUUUUCUUUUCGAAUCAGCUUCCCCUGUAUUUUUGCUUAUUCGUUCCAAAUUCUUGAGCUGGGAAAAUUUUAGCUUCUCCAGAUUACUGAUUUACCAAUCGAUGUAUAGUUGAGUUGUGGCAUUCCAUGAUGAACAUGAACUGAAAAAAGUACUUUUUUUUUUCCUUCA